AGCUUCCAAACUCAUUUUUGAAUAAUACUAGGCUACAAAGAAUUACACUGUGAAUUCAUUAAGGGUAACACCAAACCACUAAACAGCACUGUUUGUACAGAAAUGUCGAAAAGCUGUGGAAAUAAUUUAGCGGCCAUUUCUGUAGGAAUUUCGCUUCUUUUACUCUUAGUGGUUUGUGGAAUUGGGUGUGUUUGGCACUGGAAACACCGUGUUGCCACACGAUUUACCUUACCGAGGUUUUUGCAAAGGAGAAGCAGCAGGAGAAAAGUCUGUACUAAAACAUUCUUGAGCCCCCGCAUCAUUGGCUUAAGGCAUGAAAUCUCAGUUGAAACCCAAGACCACAAAUCUGCUGUCAGGGGAAAUAACACACACGACAACUAUGAAAAUGUGGAAGCAGGUCCUCCCAAAGCUAAAGGAAAAACCGAUAAGGAAUUAUAUGAAAACACAGGGCAGUCUAAUUUCGAGGAGCAUAUCUAUGGAAAUGAGACAUCUUCUGACUAUUAUAACUUCCAGAAGCCUCGUCCUUCUGAAGUUCCUCAAGAUGAAGAUAUAUACAUUCUUCCAGAUUCAUAUUAGCUUUUUAAAAUAUUGACUUUUGUUAUUGGAUGAUAAAUAUUCACUGUAAUUUUUCAACAGCAAAGACAUGGAAUCAAACUAAAUGUUGAUC